CCCUUGCCCGCAAGACCCAUUUUCUGCCUCUCGACAGAAUGGAAGCGAAACGGUACACGUCUGACGAUAUUGCAGUGGCAAUGAGUCUGCAGACUUACACAUAUGUAUACACGUCGAUGGCUACACUUUGGGCCUAUGAUUGCUCUUGUUCACUUCAAGAAGAAGUGGACAUUCCUGCUUCAAUCGCGCUGGACCAAGGUAAAAGGUCUUUAUAUCGUUACCCGAUUUGUGCCUUUUCUCAUUAUAAUCGGGCAUUUAUAUACGAACUUCAUCCCAAACGAGAACCCUGACAAAUGCAAGAUCUUGAUUAAUAUUUGCUCAAUUAUCAGCCAGAUAUCAGGCAGUUGCUCCGAAUGCUUCUUCAUGCUCCGAACAUAUGCACUCUGGAAAGACAAUCGAUUCGUGCUCAUUGUCAUGCUGACUUUUUUCCCUGUUGUCGUCAUAGCAUGCGCCGGCACUGGCUUAGCCUCUAUUGUCACCGCAUCUUAUGCCACCAGCGCAAUCCCAGGCAUCACAGGUUGUUGUACCAGCGACAACCUCUUCAUACCGUUUCUUCUCUUUUUCAUAUUUCAACUAGGUCUCAUGUCUCUCACACUCAUACAUGCCAUACAGAGCUGGCGGAUGGCCAGCGGCCGUCUGUACGCCGUCCUGGUGAAGAAUAACAUUUUAUACUAUACAUGCGGUCUGUUUUUAUCGGCGGUAAACGUCCUAGCGUCCUAUUAUCUCCAUUACCAGUACCACGCCACGUUUCAAGAUUUUCAGUUUAUCAUCCUCGCGAUCCUUGCCUUGCGCAUGCACCGGCAUCUCUGGCAGAUCGACCAGCAAGCACACAACAUGGACACCCUCGUUUGUAUUUCUCUGUCCGACAUAUGAUCUGCGGGCAGUACGUAUAGAAGAUUAACACGGGAUGUAGUGACCCUCAAUCGGAGAUCUUCAGACGUCGGACUUUAAUGAAUCGAUGGUGAAGGGCAAGCGUCUAACGAACAUUGCCGUUUGGGGGGUGCAA